AUGUUUAAUGGUUAUACUGGUCGUAAAGUAAAUGCUCAAAUUUUCUUAGGACCAACUUAUUAUCAGCGUCUUAAACACAUGGUAGACGAUAAGAUUCAUUCCCGAGCUCGAGGUCCUGUUCAAAUUUUAGUACGACAACCGAUGGAAGGUCGUGCAAGAGAUGGAGGUUUACGUUUCGGUGAAAUGGAACGUGAUUGUCAAAUCGCUCAUGGAGCAGCUCAAUUUUUGAGAGAACGUCUUUUCGAGGUUUCCGAUCCAUAUCGAGUUCACGUAUGCAACUUAUGUGGCCUAAUCUGUAUCGCUAAUCUCCGUAACAAUACAUUCGAAUGUAAAAAUUGUCGCAACAAAACUCAAAUCUCUCAAGUCAGACUACCUUAUGCUUGUAAACUUUUAUUUCAAGAAUUAAUGUCAAUGCAAAUCGCUCCUCGUAUCGUUGUUUAA